UCCAAUCGGAAAAGAAGAAUAAAUUAGCCAGUUCACUAGUUGAAAACAAAUAUUUGUUUUUGAUUUGUUUAUUAAUAUGGUUUUUAUUAAUUAAAUGAAAUGUAUGAAUGGAAAACUAUUAAACACACAAUUAAAUAAAAUUCAAGAUAUUAUUAAACAAGCUGUAUUUUAAUUCUUGAGAAUGACUUUUAAAAAAGGAGUGGAUCCCAAAGUCUUUAGGGCUAUCCAACAUGUUAAUGUUGAAGAACUUGCAAAAUGUACGGAACAAGAAAUUCGUCCAGUUCUUCCAUGCCUGGUUCGAAUGGGACUGAUAUCACCACUUGAUACGUCCAAAAAAUGCAUGAAUAUGAAAGUAACCAUUCUAACAAUCGUUUCUGGAAUGGAAUUAGUUAAUUCCAUAGUGGCUCUACUUUCUAUUGACUUUCAUAAAUUGGAAAUUGAUGUUAAGAAAGAGCAACAAUUAAGGCAGAAAGGCAAUACUCUUUUAAAUGACUCAAUAUUAAUGGGAAAUCUAUCUAACACCAGUAUGGCACUGGAAUAUGAAAGAAGUGACAUGACUCGUAGAUUAAGCAUUCUCUUAGGAGAAUUGUUAUUUAUACAAUCACAAAUUCAGGAUGGGAUUGAAUCUACCAGUGAACAUGAAUCUUACAUAAAAUCUUCAGAGCUCUUUGACAAUGACAUAUUUGCUGAAGAACUAUCUGAUAUCAUAUGCAUUGCUCUUGCAGAGUUACCUACAACUUUAAAUAUAUGCACAAUUGUUGAAACAUUAUUACAUGUGCAUAAUGGUCCAGCCAUUAUUUGUAGAAUUGUAGCAAAUUUUCCAGAUUCUUUUAGGGAAGUUACUACAUAUCUCAUACAAACUGGAGAAAAGCAAGAAGAAAAUAUUUCCAGUUUAGUCAGAACCAAUUCCAUAUCUUUAAUUUGUAAAAUGAACCCUUCUCAUGCUUUGUCUAUAAGAAGCAAAUGUGUGGAAUUGUGUAGGAUGCCCGCUUUAGCUAUAACUUUGUCGUUAGAACAUAAUAAUAAAAUAUUUUCGGAUGACAUUGAUGGUGAUAUGGUUGCAUUUAUAUCUGGGCUGUUGUUGGGGAAUGACCAAGCAAUUAGAAACUGGAUUGCACUGUUCAUAAGAACUGGACAGAAAAGAAAAGGAGAAGUGUCUAGUAACGCCCUCCAGCAAUUGCGAGAUGAAUUAUUGAGGCGUUUACAAAAAAUUAUUGAUGCUUCAUCAGAGGGAGAAUUACCAGACAGUAUGGUAGUGCAAGCUUCAGCCCUACUACGGCUUUACUGUGCUUUAAGAGGAAUAGCUGCAAUAAAAUUUCAAGAUGAUGAGGUCAAUUUUAUUGUCCAACUAUUAACAUCUCAUCCUAAUCCAACGCCAGCUGGUGUUCGAUUUGUUUCUAUUGGGUUAUGCAUGCUCAUUGCUUGUCCUUCUCUAAUAUCUUUGCCAGAACAUGAGAGGAGGAGUAUCGAAUGGGUACAAUGGCUGGUCAAAGAAGAGGCCUACUUCGAAUCGGCGAGUGGUGUAACGGCCUCAUUUGGGGAAAUGUUACUCUUGAUGGCUAUCCAUUUUCACAGCAAUCAACUUAGCGCCAUCUGUGACUUGGUGUGCGCCACUCUCGGCAUGAAAAUCGCCAUAAGACAUAAUAAUAUGACCAGAAUGAAGCAGGUCUUUACGCAAGAGAUAUUUACUGAACAAGUUGUAACUGCGCAUGCUGUUAAAGUGCCGGUCACUAAUUCGCUAAAUGCCAAUAUGACAGGAUUUUUACCAAUUCACUGCAUUCAUCAACUUUUAAAAUCUAGGGCAUUCGCGAAGCAUAACGUUAACAUUAAAAAAUGGAUAUACAAGCAAAUUUGUACCAGUGUCAGUCCUUUGCAUCCUGUUUUAAGGAUGCUAGUAGAAGUUUAUGUCAACAGUAUUAUUCUUCCGAGUGCCAAAAACGCGGAACACACGAAUAAGCCGCUAACUGAGAAUGAAAUUCGAAAAGUAUUUCAGAGUUCAAUAUUUGGUCAAUAUUUCGACCAAAAACAAUCAAUAUUCAACAUGGAUUUCGAUCUGAGCUCUGAGUAUCAAGACGUCUUUGUGGAUAACACGAGUUUAACACCUCAACUGCUCUUGCUGUAUUAUUUAUUGUUAUACGAAGAUUGUCGCCUAAAUAAUUCACAUCUUCUAGCUGCAAGUGGUAGAAAAAUAAAGAAUUAUACUCCAGAGUUCAUGUCUGAAUUACCAAUCAAAUAUCUAUUGCACCAUGCCCAGAAGGAUCAAAUGUCUUAUUCGGGCCUGUUUGGACCACUUUUAAAGCUACUAGCUACUCAUUUUCCUCACUUAACUUUGGUGGAAGAUUGGUUAGAUGAUAUGGCCAUUCAUACGGAAUAUAAACCGGCCCACAUAUCUGAAAUGUCAGUCAUAGACGCCUUCAGCGACAUAGAAAAUAACCCCAUGAAGUGUGCGAAACUCUUACAAAACCUUUUGAAACAAGAGGCGAUCGAUAUUUGGCCGUUUGUCGAGAUUUUUGCUCAACACGCCAGAAACUUUUUGGACGACAAUGUUCCGAGGUAUUUGCAAGACUUGUACAAGGACGUUUGGUUUAGGCUGAAUACAGUGUUGCCGCGACGGUUGUGGGUGUUGACGGUGAAGAAUCUUGUUGAUGAUUUCUCGAAUUUGACCAUAAUCGAUGUGGCAGAAGAUCCGUUGCAGAUAAUGAGAUGCGAUAAAAGAGUUUUUCGGUGCGCUCCAAUGUAUGCGGUCGUUUUGAGAGUUCUUAGAGCGAGUUUAGCGUCGUCUAGGAGUCAGCUAAUGCAACAUUUACAAUCAAAUCUGAGAUUGGACCUGUCUGGUCAAGUUUUAAAUGAAAGUGAUAGGGAAGAUAUGUGCAGGGCGUGUAUAGCAGCUCAGGAAUCUGCAGCCAUUCAGAUGUUGAUAGAAACAUGUUCAGAAACUGAUGCUGACAAAGCGAUACCCGGUAGACAAUGGUCGUUACAAGAAGUUCGAUCUUUAGUGUGCAGUUACCUUCAUCAAGCUUUCAUUGCCGAUACAAUGCUGUGUAAACUGGUACAUUUUCAAACUUAUCCAAGCGAACUGAUCGAAAUAGUAGUCAAGGGCGUGCCCUCUAUGCACAUUUGUUUGGAUUUUUUGCAGGAAUUGAUGCAACAGCCCAGUUUAAACAAACAAAUAUUCGGCAUUCAACUUCUGUCGCAUAUCAGUUUGCAAUAUGCGCUACCAAAAAGUUUGAAUUUGUGCGUCUUAUCACUAAAUUUACUUUACGCACUUCUGGGUGGUGUAUCUAGCACUCAGCGUAUAAAACUUUUCAAUCCAGUUCUGCCGGCUUUAGUUCGAAUUAGCGAAGCGUUCCCACCUCUAACUGAAGACAUAAUCAACCUCCUCAUGCAAUUGGCGAGGAUAUGUGAAUCCCAAGCGUCUCUGGCCUCGCAUUUCGACGCACAUUUGGGCAAGAGCUUGGAAAUAGCGUCGAAGGAAAGCGCCGAAUUGUGCGAUUUGACUCAAAGAACUUUUACCGAAAUUUUAGAUAAGGCCGUGUUGAAAGCCAAAAUUUAUAAGCAAGAUUAGCUAAAAAAUGUGUUUAUUUUUUGUAUGUUUUAUAGAAUAGUAAUUGGUUUAUAAUAAUUAAGGUUACCGAAUAUUUUGACUUUCACUUUAGAUGGUUAUUUAAAAGUCUCGAAAAAUUAGUUUCUGGGAAUUCUACAGUGAAGUAGUUGUUUAAUAUUAUAAUACGGUCGGAACUAACCCAAUUGGUAAUUUGGUAUUCUGGAAGGUCAUUCUUAGACCAUACCAAUCGAACUACAUUAAAAUAAAUGGCUUUAAUUUAAAAGACAAUUAAACUGUAAUUAACCUGUUUUUUCAUUAUAUUUUAAAAUUAAUUUAAUUAUUCAAAUUCAAAAAUUUGAUCCAAAUAUCAGUCGGCAUCACCCUGCAUUUUAAUUUCGACAUGUGAACUUGUUGCGGCCUUUCUCAGAUAUACCUAUUCAGACCAUGAGAGCGAAAAUUCUUUGUCGUGUCAAUACCUAUUCAAACCCGAUAGACAACAUCGACCUCUGGAAUUUUUCAUUGUUUCCAUCUGAAGCUGCCAUAGGCUUUUCGCAAGUAGCAUCGGAGGGUUCACGUUAACAAAAUUGGUGUCCAAGUGUUUUCCGAUUGUAAGACGUCAAAAAUAAGUAAAAAUAAUUUCACUAUGGAGAAAAACCUCUUCAAAACUAAAUAUCUUUAAAUGUUUGCUAUAAUUUAUUAAAACAAUAUAUUACAUUCAUUUUAAAUAUAAAAUAUAUUAAUAUUUAACAUAAAAAUAAAUACCUACAUAUGUACAAUUUUUUCGUCAUUAUUUAUAUAUAUGUAAAACAAAACAAAUCUUAUAUAAAAUGGUUUUACUCGCAUAGAACUCAAGAAUUAUAAAGAAACAAUAGUUUUUUUGAAAUGAUUGCAUUUGAUACCAAAAACAUGAGCACACCUGGUCCAAUUAACAGAAAAGUGGACAACCAUAAUACAUAGGGGAUGUAUGUCAUUUUAAUCUUCCCUUAUUUCUCAAAGGCUAACGGUGCAAAUGUAUUUACUGUAAUGACACAAGACCCAAAAGGGCAAGGUGGAGUGAGUAAAAAGGCAGCGAUUUUCAUCAAGCUGUGGUAUGAGGAAAGUCGUAGGGAACAUCUGCUUACCGAGUUACAAAAGAAAAAAUAAAAAAAAUAAAGAAUCACACCGAGCAUGACUAGCGUGAGCGAUGAGAGUUUUUAAUUUGGCAACUGGUUGAAGGUCCUGAUUGUUCUUAAGGAAUUUGAGCUCGUCAGGGCUUCGCAAAUGUCUGGAGUAUCUCUUUCAUACUUUUGGUUCUGGAAAGGGGAUUGCCAUACUAAAUUUAUGGGUGUAAAUCUACAUGAAAAAUUAGUGAUAGUUUGCUUUAUAAACUAUGUUCCACAUGUUCAUUUUUUUCCUAUUAUUCUUUAAUAAUUACAUUAAUUUUUCGGACAAUACAAGUUUUUAUUUUUUUUUUACUUAAAAACGGGGCAACGUAGGAAAACAAAUCGGCAGACUCUUUAAGUUUAAAAUUGAACGAAGUAUUUAAAAAUAAUUUUUAUUUGGGAAAAACCAUGGCGUAUUUUUUUUUAAUGUUGGGGCGGGCUAGUGUCUGUACGCACACCACUGUUAAAGCUGAAAAAUAUUUUUGUAUUGAAGAAUUUGCACCUAUUAACUGUCACUUAAAAUUAAAUAUCGCUGAAAUAUCUCAAGCGGUUAGGAAAAAAUUAAUUCUCCUUUUUUUCUUAAAAGUUUAGCACCUUGUAUAUUCAUAACGGAACAUUUUUGGACAAUAAUUUAUAAAGAAAACUUAUUAAUUUUUCAUGUAGAUUCACAUCCUUAAAUAAUCGCAUAUCGUUAAGGAACACUCUGUAAAUAAAAUCUAGCGAAAAUCAUACAAAACAGACAAAGAAUUAAGGAAUAUCAGGAUUUAGGCAAGAAGGUCGACUAUAGACCGGGUAUAUUUACACAGCAUAAUGUAGCUACGAACAAAAUUUGAUUUUGCCCAUCGAUUUUUAAACAGCCAUUCGACUCAUAUUGAAUAAAGUUAUUUAAAGCACAGGCAAAAUUAUAAAAACCAAAUAAGCCGAUAAACAUUGUAAAAUUAACUAAUUAAAAAGUGUUGAGACAUCCAAUUAAAAAAAAAAAUUAAAGAAGGUGGAACUCAGGUAUGUAGUGUAGAGCUCUGUCGUUUCUUUAUAAAAUAUAAAAUUAAAAGAUGCUCUUUGAAAAAAAAAAAGAUACUGGUUGAUGGAAACAACAGUAUCAAACUAUAUUAAUAAAUAAAUAAAUACGUAAACUACGAAAAAUAUAAUCAAGACUAUUUAUAGAUAACAGUUCUUUUCUCUAAAGUUUGCAAAUAAUGCGUAGAGCGUUUGAAGACACUGGUGCAAAAAGGAGGCAGCUCCACUUUGAUAGGAUUAUUCGUUUUAUAGUGAAAGAUAUAAAAAAAAGAUGCUCUAUCGAUUGGUGCAAGAACGAGGUAAUACGGAAUAUAUUGUCGUCCCCCUACUUUAAUUCAGUGGAAAACGGAGACGACUCUGGAGCUACCUCGUUUGUGCACCAAAUCAAUUCAUCUUUUUGCCACUUCGAAGCAGCACCUGUUUUCGUAAAAUGCCCUAAGACUUACACCUCUACCCGGCCCUUUACCACUCAAGCGCCCUAAAUAUCUGCAUGUAAAAGAACUAGCAACAAAAUACGUCCUAGCUGAUUGUAUAUGUAAAAAAAGAAGAGCAUAUCCAGUGAGCAGACACUUUAUGCUUAAAAUGACUAUAAUAAAAAGUAUGCUACAUAGUUGUGUUGCUUUUAUCUACAUUAAACUGUAAAAUUUAAGGAUUUUUUAUUUAAUAGUGUAUUAAUUUAGGCACAAUUCUAUUACUUUCCGGUGCAAAAAGGAAGCAGCUCCUCAACUUUUUUUAAAUGCUGUACUUUAACGAAAUUAUUUAAAAGUGUGAAAUUUGGACCUAAUAUGUAUUCUUAAGUAAACUACAACGUAAUGUUAACAAAAUAUUUUCAAAUAUAAAUAGAUAUUACCUUCUCCUAAAAAAUUAAUUAAAUCGGAGUUACUCCCUUUUUGCACCAGUGUCUUCAUUUGCAAUAAAUUCUGAAGAGCAUGCAAUAUCUCCUUCACCUUUAAAAGGUGAUAUAAUAUGCCCUAUGGCCCACAGCGCCUUGCCGUUUGAACCUUAGUGUCCUAGACCAAGACUUCUUGCAUCACAGGGUAAGUUCUUAAUGAUUUUUUUGUUCUUAAUUAAAUUAUGAAUAAACGGUAACGUUUAAAGCUUAUUCUAUUACGAUUUUGACUUUCGAAUUUGUCGAUCAUCUUCCAAAAAUUUCAAAUAAGACACUCUAACGAAUCCGAUUUGAUAGCCGGUCGCGAAGAAUAAACUGGCUUGUUGAUUGGGAUUGAAGCUGACUUGGUUGAUGGCCAUCAGGGGGUACAAAUUAGACUUAACCGGUUCAGUAUCUUGAUACGUUGAACUCAAUUUGUACAGAU